AUGGUAGCGGGCCGAUCGUUGGUAUAUAAAGCAGUCCGAAAUAACGUUGGGCAUCAUCAGUCGCUCAGACGAUCCAAACCAACCAAAUCCUCUCAACAAUGGCAUUCAAGCUUCCAGUUCAUCAUCUUCGUCGCCUUCGUGGCAGCCGCCAAUGCCGGAAUUUUACGCACGGCGGAACAUCUGGCCUAUGCUCCAGGAGCUCCAUUGGCUUACUCUGCUCCUCUAGUAGCAGCCCCCGUAGCCAAGGCAGUAGUUGCUCCGGUAGCCAAGGCAGUGGUAGCCAAGACCGUCGAUGCUGACUACGAUCCUCAUCCUCAAUACAGCUACGCCUAUGACGUCCACGACAGCCUGACCGGAGACGCCAAGAGCCAACAGGAAACCCGUGACGGAGACGUCGUCCAGGGUAGCUACUCCCUCAUCGAUGCUGACGGAACUAAACGCACCGUCGACUAUGUCGCUGACCCAGUCAACGGAUUCAACGCAGUGGUCCGCAAGGAACCAGCUGCCGUCGCUGUGAAAGCCGUAGGCCACGUCGAAGCUGCUCCAGUAGCCUACGCCGCCCCAGUCGCCAAAACCUAUGCUGCACCCCUGACCUACGCCGCGUCUGCUCCAGUCCUCGCGGCUCCAGUUGCCAAGAUCGCCACCCCGGUCGCCCAUGCCCCAGCUAUCGCCUACACAGCCCCUGUCGCCAAGGUCGCUGCACCCAUCGCUUACUCAGCACACCCAGCGCCCAUCGCCUAUUCCGCGCACCCAGCGCCCAUCGCCUACGCCGCGCACCCGGCACCCAUCGCCUAUUCCGCGCAUCCAGCGCCCAUCGCUUACUCCGCGCACCCAGCACCCAUCGCCAAGAUCGCCGCCCCUACUCUUACCUACGCCUCUCCCGCACACUACCUCUAA